GAGAAACGAGUUAAAAACAUUUUGAAGAGAAUCGGUCGAGAUCCGAGCAGCAUCUCAAAACCAACAAUCAAGAGCUUCUGUAAGAAUGCAAGAAAACUUAAAGUAUGCAGAUAUCGUAUGGUAGAAGACGAGUUCAGCAAUCCUUCUGUAACCGAAAUUCAAAAGUGUUUAGCGGACGAAGAUUACAGUGGUGCAAUGGGAUUUUAUGUUCUUCUUAGAGCUGUGGACAGAUUUACUGCCAACUACAACAAGUUUCCUGGCCAGUUUGAUGGUGGAAUGGAUGAGGACAUUUCUCGGUUAAAAACCACGGCAUUGAGUCUUCUUGCCGACUUGGGGUGUAACGGCUCAGUGCUGCCCGAUGACCUUAUCAAUGAGAUGUGUCGCUUUGGUGCCUCGGAGCUUCAUGUGGUUGCUGCCUUUGUUGGUGGAAUCGCAUCUCAAGAAGUCAUCAAGCUUGUCACAAAACAGUUUGUGCCGAUGUUGGGGACUUACAUCUUCAACGGCAUUGAUCACAAGUCUCAGUUGUUGACACUGUAGAAGAUCUCUCCUUGGACAUUGGUGGCUUGAAACAGAGAGAAUAGCGUUAUAUUAUGUUUUUUUUUCUUCACUGAGUUUUAAAAGAAUCUUUUCGCGGGUGUACCUGUUCAAGGAUAUGAUUUUAACCGGCACAAGAUUAUGCCCUGAGUGUUUAGCUUUUAUAUCAAUGGUCACAUGAAUCGUAUUGAUGGUCCAUGUUAUAACCGCAUCAACCAAGUAUGUGAUUGUUGAAAACUUGAGUUUAUUACUUAUCUUUUGCAUCA